AUGGCUGCACCUUUCUUCGACAAUGACCUGUUCGACUUCGCUCCCGAUGGCGCGGACACUGGCGAAGAUCGGAGCGCCGAUGGCGCUGAGCCGGACGACAAGGACCAUGAGAGUUUCUCUGUGGCCUCUGGCGCGGCUGGAACUGGAGACGGUCAGGAAAGUUCUGGCCGAGUUUCCAACAAAGCACGAAAGAGGGGCUCCCGAGGCGGAUCCGGCGGCCGUCCCGCGGAGGAGAAAAGAUGGAGAUCGGGAGCGGUGCCAACUGCGCCGUCUUUCGACGGAGAUGUGGAAAGCAAUCCGUACUGUCUUCGCCACUACCGCAGACGCCUUCUGAGAUGGGUCACCCUCACGAAAGAGUACCUCCCGCCAAAUGAGCAGGCACUUCGGGCACUGGAGCAGCUUCACGGUCAAGCCGAGCUGGAGUUCGAAGAGGUGGAUGAUGCGAGGUUCAACCACCCGGACGGAAUCCAGAGGCUUUUGGCCGACUUGGAGCAGGCCUUCGGCGAGAGAGAGAUCUUCCGGCAGGGCGGCGUCAUCCGAGAGUUCGAGUCCAUCGGGAGGAUGCAGGGCGAAUCGAUCACGGCUUUCAUCCGCCGGUUCCGCUUGUUGGAGCGCAAACUCAUGGACAACAAGGUUCCCGCCUACCCGGAGCAGGCCCGUGUCAUCAAGCUUCUCGAUGGGCUUCGCUUGGACGAGAAGGCAACGGCUUCGGUUCUGCUGGCGGCCGGGAACAAGUACGACAUGCAAGCCGUGUUAGAAGCCUUGAGGAUUCAGUAUCCCCCUGGAAUGUCCAUCACAGGAUUGCCCAAAGGACUGGCUUCUUUGUCUACGAGAUCGGCGAGGUCUUCGGCACCGUCACGGGCAUCCUCCUACCGCUCUUCUUCGACGGCUACGAGCUCCAGGAAAUCUUCGCGGAUGGGCCAGGCGAGAAAAUGGACCCACUGGCACACCGGCUGGGAUGAGGAGAUGCCCGAGGAGUUGGUCGAGGAGGAUGCUGGCAUUGACUACCAGGACGAGAUCUACGCCGAGGAAGAGCCCGAUGCGCUAACCGAGAACGCGGACGAGGAAGAAGACGAGCUGAUCCCCGUCGACGAGGGCGAAGAGCUUGAGAUCUACGAGGAGCCAGGCAGCCUAGACUCGGCUGCGUUGCUCGCCUCUGCUGUGGAGGCGCUUACUGUCACCUCCAAGAAGCUAGCCAGCUUGGCCCAGAGAGGCGGCAAAGCAGCCAAAGGCAUGACACAUGGCGCAGAUAGACAAACACGCCUUCGCGGUUCACUAUGUCUUGGUUGUGGCGCCUCUGACCACUGGAUCCGUGAGUGCCCUCACGUCUCGAAUUUUCAGGCGCAGAUCGCCUCGGCAGAUCUCGAGCUGGACCCCGAAGGGGUCCCCGUUCACGCUUCGUGGACAGCAUCUGCGAACAUGUGCGAGGAUCAGCUGCAAAGGGCGCCACUGUUUGAGAUCCCCAGACCUCCCAGCAUAUUCCUGAGUACGUGUUCGGAUGCUUCUUUCCUCAUUGCAGACACUGGUUGCCAAAGACAAGUUGCUGGUCACAUGUGGCACCAACAGCGUCAGAGUGAGAUGUUGCCAUUGAAGCCCCUUCACUUUCCCGAAGUUUGCAAGUUUUCCUUUGGUCCUACGGAAGGCAUGCCAAGCCAGGGUCGCUUUCUGUAUCCGGCAGGAAUCGCAGGGGAGAUGGUGGCUUUGGGAAUCAGCUCUGUUGACGCUUCGGCCCCGGGGUUGUUGUCGAGGUCCACCAUGGAGGCCCUGGGAGCUGUGCCGGACAUCUUGGAGGGAAGGAUUCAUUUCAAAGCGCUUGGUGGCAAGACCACUCGGUUGUAUUUGAGUCCGUGUAGACAUCUUGCUCUGAAGAUUGACGAAUGGCCUGAGAACGAGUUUGAGUGGCCGGGUAGAUAUCUGCAUGAGAAGUAUGGUCAGCAUGGUCCUCCUGAUGUGUGUCAUGAGAACGCCUUUCCGCCGGAGCGGGUGAGGCUCACAGCCAUUGCAAAUUCGGAUACAGCCCGACAACCGCAUGCAUCGCAGACAGCGUCCAGGGGCAGCGCCUCCGGCAUGGCUGACUCGGAGUUCGUCUAUGUGACCCACCAGUCCGUGCUCUACUACUCGGCCGCGACGCUCCGCCCCAACCUGAAGGACAGAGUUCUCAGCAUCUACAUGGAACCAUGUUCGGCGGUGACGAUGAUGACCACGCAGGCGGCCAUGGCGGCGAUGUCGGCGCUCCAGCUGAACCGCUACUUGAAGACCCCAGAGGAGUGCACCCACACGACAGGACCGGGAACGCGCACUUACUCAGCAGCGGGAAUACGCAUCCGCAUCUGCGACAGCUGCGGUAUGCGCUGGGCGCUCACAAGCAGAGGGGAAGCUCUGCCAGCCGUGCCGAAGGCGAACCCCAACGCCAAGACACCCAUGGGCCUGAACGAUGCGCAGAAGCUCCGUCUCGUCGAGGACAAGACCGACAAGGCAAAGGCCAAGCCCAAAGCAAAGACGAAUCCAGCGCCCGGGGCAAACGGUGGAAAUUCGGACGGAUCGUCACAGCCCUUAUCGGGCUACUCGCCGGCACCAUGGCCAACUACGACACCACCUCCGCCACCACGGUUCCAUGGCUCGCCCCAGCUCAGGGCCCCCACUCCGACUCAGAGACCGACGAUGUUCAGCCUUCAUCGUGGGCGUCAAGGAACGCAACAGAGACAAUGGCGAGGCGGACCUCGAUCUACGGCAAGCUCGGACACGGAAAGCAUGAGUGUGACGUCCGACAACUGGUGGAACAUGCGGUCCGACCAGAGGAGAACGUCUCGGAGGCGUCCCAACCUCGAGAACCCCAAUGCCGAGGACCAGAACGAGGAGGAGCUGGACAUGUCCCGGACUCGCGACAUGCAGGAAGCCGAGGAACACCUCGAGGAUCUCGAGAACGACGUGAACUACUGGGAGGAGCGCAUGGCAAGGGACGACUGGGAUCCGGAAGACCACGAUGCCGUGGUCUAUCCUUUGAGCUGCUCCGAUCAUCCUCUGGGUCCGGAGGAUCGUGGAUGCUUCAGUCUUAAGCAGGGGCAGAAGAAGCGCUUCCUGGGGGCAGCCAAGGCUAUCCAUGCAGCUUGGGCAGCAGAGAGCCAAGUCUACAAAAAUCGCACGGAGAGUGCGAGACACUGUCGCAAAUUUAAAGCGGACAUAGUGGAGAUCUAUGCGGGCAAGGCAGCUAUCUCUGAGGCGGCCUUGAGUGUCGGACUUCGUGUUCUUCAACCCGUGGACACCGUCUACGGGCAGACGCUUGAAAACGAUGAAGACUUUGAGGCGUUGGAGAAGUUGUUGCUGGCCCGCAUGCCCUACCUCGUCGUGUGGGAGCCGAGAUGCACCUUGUGGUCCAACCUUCAGCACUUCAACUACACCGCCGAGGAGCUGGAAGUCCUGAGACGCAAAGAGAGAAAGCACGUGGCGGGUAUGAGUCGAGUUAUCGAGAAUCUCUACACCCGCGGCAUCCACUUCCUUAUCGAGAAUCCCAGGCACACUCCAUUCUGGGAAACACCUGAGCUACGUCGACUUCGGGCGCUACAAGAUGUUCAGUUCGGCGAGGGCCACAUGUGCGCUUUUGGCCUUCGCAACGAUCGGGGAGACCUGCUCAAAAAGCCCACGGGGUGGAUGGGAAGCCUACCUGAGGUCCUGCAGGCCCUCUGCGUUGAGUGUUCUGGUCAGCACCAACAUGGUCAAUGCGUGGGUGGCAACGCUGCUCGCAAGGCACAGGUCUACACGGACAUGUUGGCAAAGGCAUGUGUGGAUGGUCUGGUGCGAGCUCUACGCCGAGUUGGUGACGAACGCUGGAAUCAGAGUUGGUGGUCAGGCACAAGUCUUCCAGAGGUCAGCAGCCCGUGGGUGAAUGAUGUGAGCUACGACAACAGCGUCGACAACUUUGAGCAUCUUUGGGAGCCGCCUGGAGAACUGGAGUGUCAGGCCUACUUUCUGGAUGUGAGCAGGCACCAUGACUCUUGGGGUCCCUUGUUGAAGGAAGCAGAACAACGCUUGCGAGGGAUGACAACCAGCUCGGUGACCUUGAAGCCCUCGCCGUUCUUCGAACAAGUCAAGACCUUGGUCCCCUGGAAGAUCCAUAAGGUCCAAUUGUUCCGGACGCCCAAGCAAAGGCGGCUUCCCCAAGACGUCUUGUUGGAAGGCAUCCAACAUCGAGGGGCAGCCUUGCUCUACAAUGACGACCAGAUCGGCAUCGAGGCUGAGACCGUUCACAGCAUUAUGGACGCUCCCGCAGGCAAGUACGACAAGCCGGUGCGAGUGGCCAUCUACUUCUAUGGAGACGCCCCGGCAACGAGCCUGAAACCAGAGGACAACGCCAGGCCCGAGGCAGCCAAAGCGCCCGCCAGACAUCAGCCAGAAGUUGAUGACGAACGAAUGCUACCGCACCAACCAGGGUAUCGGGACAUCAGCUUCCCUGGCGUGGACAUUCCCGCAUGGGUACAGCAAGUCCUCCGACGCGUACAUGUCAACUUGGGACAUCCUCCCCGUGAAGUUUUGGUCAGGCAACUGGCCACAGCUGGCGCCAGUGAUGUGGCGCUUAAAGGUGCUCGUGCGCUACGAUGUGAGACGUGUCUUCGAGUGAGUCCACCUCAUCAACCGAGAGUUUCCAAAGCCUUUCAGGCCAAGCGCUUCAACGAUCGUAUGUGCAUCGACGUGAUCUACAUCAAGGAUGUUCGCGGUGGCACGCACAUGUUCUUGAAUAUCGUGGACGAUGCCACUUGCUAUCAGGUCGCGCCGCGCCUACACAGUCGCUCUGAAGAUGCUGUUAUCUCCACCUUGGUGGGCGGUUGGUUCCAGUAUUUCGGCCCGCCAGACGAAAUGGCCAUCGAUGCCGAGGGCGCCUUCCGUGGCAUGCGAUUCGAGAAUCUGCAUGCCCAGCUCAAUGUGGCCGUCCGCUGUGUGCCCCCUGAUAGUCAUUGGCAGCUUGGCAAGGCAGAGCGUCAUGGACAAGCCCUCAAGUACAACGCCAGUCGCUUGAUCCAUCAAUUCGCGGCCCUCACGGUCCCAGAGGUCAAUCUGUGCAUCAUUAUGGCCUGCUACGCGAAAAAUCGGCUCAUCCGCCGUUCCGGUAGCUCGCCGGCCCAAUGGGUGUUUGGCCGGGACCAGAAACUUCCCGCCUCCUUGCUCAGCGAUGGCGGCUCUAUAGAGUCCGCUGAACUGCUCAACGACAGUCAACGCCUUCUUCAGAUCGAGGCGGUACGUACUGAGGCAAUGAAAAAUCAUCACGCCUUCGAAGCACAUGAAGCACUUCGCGCUGCUCUUCUGCGCAAAAGCCGACCCUACCGUGGCACCUUCUCCCCAGGCCAGAAAAUCGCUUACUUCCGAGCUCGGACUGCUACGGGAGACGGUGAGGGCUCAGCUGAGGGCUAUCGCCAGGGUCUUGUCUUGGCCUUGGAUCGCAACCCUCACUCCAACACAGCCGUCAACAUAUGGGUUCGCAACUCUCGGGGUCGUUUGGUCCAAUGCUCCCCAGAGCAGUGUCGGCCCAUCUAUGGUGAGCAAGAAUGGUGGGCACCUGAUGCUGCCGACCCGGAGGUGCUUAAACAUUGUGACCGGGAUCUGCAGAUUCAUCCUCGCGCUUUUCGAGCUCCUGAAGCCCGUCCAGGUCUUGCAGCUGACCGUUCGGUCGCCCAGGAGCUUGAGCAGGACGCUCGUGCUGCGCUACCCGGAGCUGAUGCACCUGCGUUACCCGAAGCUGAUGCACAUCGUGAUCAACCGGCGCCUCUCGUGUUGGACCAGGCAGGCAAUCCGGUGGCCGAGUCUCCGAUGUUUAGUCCCUUAAUGAUCGCAGAGCGCGCUCAAGAUCGGUACCUCGUGGACAACCCGGACAACCCGAACAGGAUCCUGAACCUUCAGAACCAGUGCUUCCUGGGCCUCCAGUCCUAUCACGGGAGACAACGGUCGCGCUGGAGCGAGGCGUAUCCGGAUCAGACCGGACACGUCUACCCGGACAGGAUCCUCCUUCAGAACCGGUGCUUCCUGGGUCUCUUGGCAAUAGCCGUAGGGCUUCUUUGGCAUCCGGCGGUCCACUUUCUCGACAAAUAUCUCAGCAAGCAGGACAUCUCACUCCUGUCCCCGAACCAGAAGCAAAAGGCAUCAAGCGACUGCGGCGAGCAGUACCGCAUUUUUCCUCGAGAAUGCCAUCGUUGUGGUGGAACAUGUUCGGUGACGAAGCCCCAAGAUGUGGUCUCGUGGCUGGAUGAGGUCAAGGAAAGAGAGGCUUUCGACAGGCUGGUGGGCGUCCCAAAGGAACGCGUGAAGACUCAGCCUCUUGAGUACGGCCCCGAGUUGCGAGACGAGAUUGAAUACUACCAGUCACCCGACAGCACCACGGCAUAUCCGUCUUCCUCCACCACCAUUUCUUCGCCUCCAGGGAUGCAUCGCCUGGACAUUCUCCGCAGACACGCUCGCGGUCAACAACUACGCCACGGGUGGGACGGAUCCCCACUUGAGGUGCCACCUAUCUACCAGUAUGACAGCUUCCUCACUACAUGCCAUCAUGUGUGCCCUGAGGCAAUGGUCGAAAUGCCCGAGAUCACGCCCCAAGUUCUCCAGGUCUCUGAGGACGUGAACGCCAAACCGGCAAGAUUGUCUGAGCAGCUUGCGGAUGUUCUGCUCCGACGAAAGGACUUCAGCCACGACAUGUGUCUACAGCUGCUUCAAGUUGUGGAGAUGAAAAGGCCAGACCGACAAUGCCUGGCGCCCGGAAAGAGAGACAUUGGGUCCUUGACCUUGGGGUACUAUAGCCACGGCAAGACGGGUGGCAUAACUAAUGCCACGCAGCGUCAUUCGAGGCUCACCAAGUACCUCAACAACUACCUCCGCCACUGGGGAAUGAAAGGCCCCUUCUCAAGCUUGUUCGUGGCGCGCAACGUUCACAGCAAGGCCCACAAGGACGUCAACAACAGCAAGGGCAGUGUCAACGGGCAGGUGGCCUUGGGCGAGCAUGUCGGAGGUGAGCUUUGGGUCGAACGCGAUCCUGACGACUGCGACUUCGACAAUAUGGAGCCCAGGUCCAUCAACGGUGAAAAGAAGUGGGGCUAUGUCAAAGACACGUAUCAGAACCUCACGCUCUUCAACCCCGCUCGCUUCCAUGCUUCGGCGGACUUCAUGGGUGACAGGUACACCAUCACUGCCUAUCAGACCCGCAUGGUCGAGCAGGCGCCUUCUGACCAUUUGGACUUCCUCCGCAAGCUGCAGUUCAGGCCGAGCGAGAAAAGAGUGGCCUUCGUGGCUUCAGCCUCGGAAGGAGUCGAGUUGAAGGCCGAUACCUCCGAGAAGAAGGCCCCGAUGACUGUGCAGGAGGCAUACCCUCUCAAGGCGCAAACUAGUGCUUCCACCGAGACCGAGAAGGUGAUCGCGAUGGAGUCAUCUUCGGAAAGCGAUGGCAACGACGGCACUUACGAGACCCGUCGUGCUGCACAGCAGGCGCGCAAGAAGGAGGUGCACUGGCAAAGCAUGACGGAGGACGAGUUUGCUCCGUUCGUGGAGGCCUUGAAGCGAGAGUGGUCCGAGUGGGAGAAGUGGUCCAGCUGUACGCCGGUGUGGGUUCAGAAGGGAACCGUGUCGCCUCACCUCAUCCUCAAGAGCAGAGUGUGCUACAGAUGGAAGCCAGUCCCCGAAGGCCAAAAGGCAAAAGCCAGGAUAGUCAUAGCUGGAUUCCGAGACCCACAUUUGCCGCUGCUGACCCGGGAUGCGCCUGUGUUGGCAAGGACAUCCUUCCACCUUUUGCUACAAUGGGCGGCGUGCCAUCGAGUGACUUUGUGGAACGCCGACUGCAAGUCAGCUUUCUUGCAGGGCGAGCCGGACACUGAGAGGCCCGAAUCCAUCUUUAUGAAGCCCCCGCAAGAUCCAGUAGCGUUGGAAGCGGUGCCGCAGUGGAAAGAUGUUCGCCUUCUCUAUCGCUUAUCAGCGCCAGUGUACGGCCAGUCGAAUGCACCUCGCCGAUGGUUCGAACAUGUUCGUAAAGUUCUGACCAACCUCGGCUGGAUUCAGCAUUCGCUCGAUCCAUGCCUCUUCAUGCAGGUGAGCGGCGACGAAGUAGUAUCCCUAUUGGGGAUACAUGUGGAUGAUCUCCUCGGAGGAGCAUUGGCAGGGCAUGAAGAACUUCUAAACCGUGUGGAAGCUUCGUUCACGUGGGGGUCUCCGUGGGUGUCAAAGGACUUCACCUUCGUAGGCCGACAUGUCAGGCAAUGGCCUGACGGCUCCAUCACCCUGGAUCAGGCGUCCUACAUCAAUGAAGUGCCGGCAACCAAGGUCAAGUUGGAGGAGUCUGUUCCGCUGCAUGAUAAUCCUGAGCUCAUCACGGAAUUUCGCUCCGGCAUCGGAUCCCUGCAGUGGCUGGCCGGCACGACCCGGGGCGACGUAUCGGCCGACACGAGCCUGCUUCAAAAAUCACCCAAAGAGCUCACUGUCGCGGACUUGAAGGAGGUGAACUCCGUGCUCCGCUACAUCCGGGCCACCUCCGAGGCAUCGAUCAAGAUCGUCCCCCUCGACCUGGAGAAGCUCAUCUUCGUGACGUAUGGCGACUCCGGGUUUGCGAACGCUCCAAACAACAAAUCGCAAGGUGGUCUAGUGGUAACGGCCACAGACAAGGAGGCCUUGGGUCAAACCAGGGCAGCUUCGUUGCUGGACUGGAAGAGCUAUCGACAUCAGAGGAUCCUCCGCAGCACUUUGGCUGCAGAAGCUGCGGCGCUGGAUCGGUCCUACGAUCAUGCCCGGUUCAUGGCCAUGGCCUUCAGCGAGAUGGUCUACGCGAACUUCAAGGCGACCAUGAACGAGAGGCCCUUGUUCGAGGUCAUACCGGUCACGGAUGCUCGUUCCCUCUGGGAUGCAGUCCACAGGCUGUCGACGAGCUUCACGGAGAAGAGGGUGGAGAUCGACGUGGCAGCCCUUCGCCAGUCUUGUAGAGGCCUACGCUGGGUUCCUACUGAGCAGAUGAAAGCCGACUGCAUGACGAAACGCUCCAGGCUUUUGAGAGAUGCCUUUCGACGAUGGAUGGCAGAGCCGUCUGUCACACUGGUAGAUAGCAAAGCACCAGGCGACAUCAUGACUGGCGCUGAUGCCAAUGUUGCAUAUCGCACGCGGGACCUGGGAAGCCUGAAAAAAGACAAUCGGCUGAUGCUGAUGAUGCUCGCAUUGCUCGCCUUUGGCGGGCCCGGGCAGCUCGCGAAAGCAGCGCGGGACCUGGGAAGCCUGAAAAAAGACAACCGGCUGAUGCUGAUGAUGCUCGCCUUGGCAGCGCGGGACCUGGGAAGCCUGAAACAGGACAACCGGCUGAUGCUGAUGAUGCUCGCCUUGGCGGGCCCUGGCAGCUCGAAAGCAGCAUGGGACCUGGGAAGCCUGAAAAAAGACAACCGUCUGAUGCUGAUGAUGCUCGCCUUGGCGGGCCCUGGCAGCUCGCGAAAGCCGCGCGGGACCUGGCCUGAAAAAGACAACCGGCUGAUGCUGAUGAUGCUCGCGUUGGCGGGCCCUGGCAGCUCGCGAAAGCAGCGCGGGACCUGGGAAGCCUGA